UGUAGCGAGUAUAAUAUGUUGUGCUGCAAAUAUUGGAUGUCGAACCGAUUGGUUGAAUUGAUAACACAAGAAUCGUUCGUAUACAGUUUGUUUAACAAUUCAAACUGAUUUUUUUGUACUUUACAAAUUUUCUUAAAUUAGUAACUAUGCAGCUUUAGUUUGUUAAAGAGGCAUUCAUCAUCAGUAGGUACAUAGUUUUCAAUCAACAGGUGAAAGCACACAUAACAGUUAACGCUUUGAUCUGCGACAACACCUGCAUCAGUGUUAGGUCCUGAUCCAUCAUAAUUUUUGGCCACGUCGAUUUUUGAAAUAACAUAAAUGAUGCAUUCUGUAACGUGUAUUGCACCAGUUAACAUAGCGGUGAUAAAAUAUUGGGGCAAGCGCGAAGAAGAUCUUAUUUUGCCACUUAACGAUUCCGUUAGUGCUACCUUAUCUACAGAUCAUCUUUGUACAAAAACAACAGUCACUACUAGUGAAAGCUUCGUAGAGAAUAAAAUUCUGCUCAACGGUAAGGAGGAAUCAUUUAGUAACCCUCGUCUGUUGCGAUGUCUUGAAGAAUUGAGGAAACGCGGUGAAACAGCAAACCGAUGCAACCCGGAAAUCUUGAACUGGAAAAUUCACGUGAACACUGAAAACAAUUUUCCAACUGCUGCUGGCUUAGCAUCAAGUGCUUCGGGAUAUGCAUGUUUAGUUUACGCCAUCUCUUGCUUGUAUGGAAUAGAAAAAGACGAAAUCUCAUCAAUCGCUCGUCAGGGUAGUGGUUCGGCAUGCCGUAGUUUGUACUCAGGUUUUGUACAGUGGCAAAAAGGAACUUUGCCCGAUGGAAGCGAUUCCAUUGCUGUUCAACUGGCCGAUCACACUUUUUGGCCAGAAAUGCGCAUUCUUAUUUUAGUGGUUAAUGAUUCACGUAAGAAGACUAGUUCGACCGGCGGAAUGUCAACUAGUGUAAAAACAUCUAAGCUACUGAAAUAUCGAGUGGAAACGUGUGUUCCUCAACAUACCAAGGAUUUAAUUAAGGCUCUCUACGAAAAAAAUUUUGAGAAUUUUGGAAAAAUUACUAUGCAGGAUAGUAAUCAGUUCCAUGCCGUAUGCCUAGAUACCUAUCCCCCAUGCGUUUACAUGAAUGAUGUUUCUCACGCGAUCGUCAACAUGGUACAUCAAUUUAAUGAACGAAAGGGCGGAAUAAGAGUGGCUUAUACUUUUGAUGCUGGUCCAAAUGCAUGUCUUUAUUUAUUGGAAAACGAUGUCAAUGACGUUCUAGCAACAAUAAAUCAUGUAUUUCCUAACGACAUAUGGAGCAGUCCAGAUUAUAUUAAGGGAAUAUCGAUCGGUAAAAUAGCGUUACCACAAGUGGAUCAAUAUUUCGUUUCUAAUGGGCAAAACUUGUUGAAAUAUAUCAUCUACACUAAAGUAGGCGAAGGUCCAAAACGCAUUGAAUAGUGCAAGAAAAAAUAUAUUUUCUUUUAUUGGGAUGGACUAAUUUCGGAUUAAUUCUACAGUAGUAACUAGAAAAGAUACCGUAAUAUUUUUGUUAAAUUA